AUGAGCAUCGACGGAGAAUUCCUUCGAAAUGUCGAGGUGCGAACCGACGAACGUUUCGGCAACUCGUUGAGUGCACUUUCUAUUAUUCGCUCCGGAAAACUCAUUGGAGUUAUCGAUAAGGAAGCUACAAAUGAUCCGAAUGCUUUGCUUAUCCUCAAUCUCAUCAAGGAAGCGGAUGAUAAGAACCAAGCCAACAUAACUUUGAGACAAAUCGACAAUAAGACUUAUUUGCAAACAUCGCGCGACAUUGCAACGGGCGAACGACUCCUCAUGCAACGUUACAGUGAGCCUGUCAGCGAUGAUGAAGAAGAAGAGGAAGAAGUGGAGCCAGAAGGCGAAACCGAGCAUGGAGACGAAGAGGAAGAGGAUAGCGAAAUGAAAGACGACCGGUAA